GCGGGCCCUCUUCGGGGAUCUCGACAAAAAGAUGAAAAAUCUGAUUCCGUCGACACUUGAUAUUAAGGCUCAAUGAGCGCACUAACAUCCUUGUUCUAAGAAGAUCUAUUGAUCGGGAAACAUCGACGUUGGCAUUCGAGUGAGCCCAGUGAAAAAGGCUACUUGUUCAUGCUCUAAAGAUCGUAGUAGAACGCAGAUGGCUGCAAACUCGCCCUUCUUAGGCUACGACAGGCUUGCGGUGGAAUCCGAUGAUCGAGCGGCUGGAAUGCGACAACGAUUGCGCGAAACAUUUGCCUCCCUAGCAACGUUGCAGGAGUGGAACGCGACAAGGCAUCUGUGGCGGAUGCGCCCGAAAGGACUCGUACAAUCAAACAGCUCUAAUGCAACCAUUACCAACGUCGACAAAGUUAAGGCGAUUGGUGCUGCAUGUACAUUAGGUGUAAUAAUACAAUAAUGGGCUUGGCUUGAUCUUUGCGAUCGAUGGGGUCUGUGUAGUUACAUAGUUGAAGCUCCCAAACGCUUCACACAUUCUGAUUUUUCUACUCUCGCUUGGCUGAAAGUAGCGGACUGAACAGUUCUCACGUACUUCAUAGAGACCGCCUAAGCCGUGUGCCCUGAGGCUGAUAUGAAGUUGAUGGAGUAGAAUGUAACGUGCUUCUCGUUUUUUGCGAAAACAGGGCAGCUCUAAAAAGCGGAAGGGAAAGGGUAGCCAGGAUACGCAUAAUAGAGUCGAGCCACACAGUGUUGCUGACCGGAAAACUGUUCAAAUCCAGCAAGCCAACACCGCUGAAGCCAUUUCGCUUCAGGUAGCAGCGCAAAAUUGGACGGUGCGUGAGAAGCAAGCAUUUUUGAGAGCCACGAGCAUGUACAGCUCACUCGAUUUGGUGGGUAAUCGGUCAGCGCGCGACGAGAUACUAUCCAUGCUUCAAGGGGGCAGCAAGAAUAGUACGAUCGAACAAAAAGAUAUCAGUGGCCAGAAGAUCGACGCGUCUUCGUCUUCGCAGAAUAGUGGAACAGCAUCAACAUCAAAAAUGACAAAUUUUGGUACAUCAAACACUGACACUUCCGAAAACGACCUGAGGCAAG